AGAGGGUGGAGCAUACCUGAGAUCACAGCCGGGCUGUUUAUCUGGCGUGUUAGGGACGGUCAACACAGGAGGGGAGGGCAGUACAGUGUGGGAGCUCGGUGCGAGCAGGCUGGAGCGGCGAAGUGCAGGGACCGGCCCGCGGAGAACGGCAUCGAGCCGGUGAGAACUCUAUGCCUUUGUGUAGAGGAAACAUGAAGCCGAAAAUGCUUAAUUUUCUGAGGAUGGUGAGCCUGCUCUGCAUCGCUGUGCUGUUGGUUACGUCUGCCACUGGCUGCUCUGGACAAGAUAACGGAAGACCUCUUGUCGCCACGAGAGAAGGUCUGAUCAGGGGUGCCAUAGGCAGAAGCGUUGCCGGCAGACUCUUCUACAGCUUCAAGGGAAUCCGGUACGCAAAGCCUCCGGUUGGCAGCCUGCGGUUCCAGCCACCUCAGCGACAACUCGCCUGGAGAGGUGUGGCGGACGGUCUGUCGCACGGCAAUGUGUGUCCACAGUUCGACAUGUUAGCCAAUAACACUCUGAAGGGUGACGAGGACUGCCUGUUUGCCAACGUGUACACGCCGCACCUUCCGGAGCUGUCCCGACCCGCCACCGCCGGUUUGCCCGUUAUGGUGUUCAUCCACGGAGGGGGGUUCAGCACCGGCAGCGGGGAUGAUGAUAUCUACGGACCGAGCUACUUUAUGGACGAGGACGUGGUGCUGGUGACGUUCAACUACCGACUCAACACGUUCGGCUUCUUCACGACGCACGACGCGGCAGCUACCGGCAACUACGGCCUGCUGGACCAGGUGCUGCUGCUGCAGUGGGUGCAGGACAACAUUGCCGCGUUCGGCGGCGACCCGCACGCGGUGACCAUCUUCGGCGUGUCGGCCGGUGGAGCCAGCGUGUCGCUACUGGUGCUGAGCCCGCUGGCCAAGGGCCUGUUCCACCAUGCCAUCACCCAGUCCGGCUCGGCCCUGGCCAGUUGGGCGCUGGGUAGCCGAAAGAACAGCGCCGCCGAGAACCUGGCUGACCUGCUCGAAUGUCCCAUGGAAGACGUCGCCGCAAUGGUCGAGUGCAUCAGGGAACAGCCCUGGGAGAAAAUCGCCGAGCACACCAAGACACUGAAGCCGGGAUUUCAGUAUCAGUUGCGUGUGGAUCGCGAGGCGGAAAACCCACUUAUUCCGGAAGACCCGCACCUGCUGCUGGCGCGCGGUGAGUUUAAUCUGGUGCCGUGGAUGAGCGGCCUGACCCAAGAGGAGGGCGCUCUCUUCGUGCCACUGCUGUUCUCAAACAAGCAGGUCGUGGAGGCCCUAUCCAAAGGAAACCUAUCAGAAUGGGUUCAAGCAGCCGACCUGAUUACUGCGUCUGGUGUUAACAAACUGGACUGUGGUGCCGAUCCAAUGAAAGAAGCGAAGAGAGUGUACGACUUCUACGUCGGAGACAGGGGCGCCAACGCUUCGGACCUUCUACCGCUGGUGCAGGGCUGGGCUGACCGGCACUUGGUGUCGCCCAUGGUGGCUGAGAUGACACUGGCCUCGCAGCACGCGCCUGUGUACAAAUAUCUCCUCGACUACAGCGGGCCGGGACGACUCAGCCUGGCCCACGUCGAUUUAUUCUGGCCAGGUGUACCCGACUAUGGCACGACGCACGGAGACGACAUCCCGUACCUGUUCAGCAACGACAAGCUGCCGUUGGUGCAGCGCGGCUCGCCGACCCACACCAUGGUCCGCUUCAUGGUCAACGUGUGGACGACGUUCGCGCGCACCGGCCGACCUGGAUCGGACUUGCUGCCCAUGCCCGACUGGCCCGUGUUCACGGAGCUGCACCAGCGACACAUGCGGCUGAACACGGCGCCCUCGGUCGGCGAGAGGCUCUUCCAGGAGCGUGUCGACUUCUGGAAGACGGUGCCCAUCAAUGAGCCGUGGAGACACCCGGUGGAUACCACGUGCCUGGAUGACUCGGUGUCAGAGGAUAGAGAACAGACGGAUGGCGACAUGUGAAUGUGGAAAACUCGUCUGUCUAGAUGUUUUUGGUAAAGCUAAAUAACGCUCAGCCAUGAAACGGAUAUCAAAACAACUCACAAAGUGGAAGGAUAUGUAUGCAUGUUGCCACUCGAAUGCAUUGUCAAUGCAGUCAGACUCUGAAUCUUCAUUUUCUUGAAUAAAUGCAUCGCUAAUGUUUAGAUAUGUAUACAUAUGUUAAGUGGGUACCAAUUGUCUAGUUGUUGAAACCAUCUGAGAACAAAACAACAUGAAAAUUGCAAUUUCAAAAAAGCAAAACAACAUAAUUGAAAUUUCAAAAAAAUGUUCUACGUUGGUUUUCCUUCAUUUUUGCCAUUUGAUUUGCGAUGCGUAUACUGUUUGAUUAUUUAAUCUCUGACUUCGCCGGUCAGUGGAGCUUGUCCCUGUUGGUGAUUUUCCUAAAUGAAUAAACAAAUAAAUAAAUUUGGCGUGAA